CCUCUACAUUCCGCCCGUCGGCGACCACUACGGACGCAUCGGGGGGUUGGAUCUCCGGCGAGGACGAGGCGAGCUCCGAUGGCGAGCGGAGGCGGAUACGCCUGGGCCCUCGCGGCGGGCCUCAACGCCGCGCUCGCCGCCAUAUCCGCCAAGUUCUUCGCCCCUACGCUGCUGAAAUACGGCAUGGUGAUACUUUUCAACGUGACGAUGUGGGGGUGCUACGUCAACAGCCUCAAGGCUCUCUCGUCACUCCAGGCAACCGUCACCAACUUCGCCGCCAACUUCAUCUCGUCCGGUCUUGCAGGGUAUUUCCUGUUUCAGGAGCCACUGCCUUCUAAGUGGUUUGCAGGUGCCAGUCUGAUCAUUCUUGGUGUGUUUAUCCUCAGCAAAUCAAGCAUUGAGAAGAAACAGAACUCUGAUUGAUUGGAAUGUGCUGCCACGGGGUGUUAGCUGUGACACAAAUUAUGCUAGCUUUAUAGCUCUAUUUCGAGUGGACAUUUGCCGAUCCAACUGCAGUGCUAAAGUUCGACCAUAGUUUGUGUAUUUGGUCUCAGCUCAUCCACUAACUGAUACAGCUGAACAGCUGAGUUGAGAUCCACCACCUAGAUUGUAAUUGUAAGUACGAAGUGGCCACACGAUCAAAGAGUUGAUUGCUCUGAUUUCAUGGGGGAGGGCAUUCAAACUGUUGUAGCAGUAUCUAUGGUAAAUUUGUGACAUCAGAGUUAAGCAGGUCUCUUAUUGUUUCUAGUCA